AUGGAAGCUACCGUGGUAACGGGCCAUGUGCCUAAAGUCGAAAUUCCACCGAAUGGAGAUUUCGACAGUCAAGGCGACGAAAAGGCUUUGGUCCUUAGACCAUGUCCGUCACCCAAAGUUAAAUUCAAGAGAUUAAUCAUUGGCGGACAGGGUUACGACGAGAAAUAUACGAAAGACGAUUUAAGUCGUGUGGCAAAGGAAGCGGAGGAACAACUUCCAGAGAAAUUCCUUCGAGAAUGGACCGAUGGUUCAUCCACAGUACUAUUCCGAGCACAAGGGCAUAAGGAUGCCAUUAAAAACGCAGUAUACACUAUGAACACAGCUUAUAAUUACCCCCGUCUGGUGAUAUAUGCUGACGGGUCUACCAAAGAUAGCCAUUCUGCCCUUCCCAAGGUUAAAAUAUCCGGAUUUGGGAUCACAUAUAAACUAUUUAAUAUCAACCUCGGCGCUGCUGUUGACAACGACUGGACGGACGCAUCAUAUGGGGUUCACGGAAUAAUGGGCAGUGGGGCUGUCGAAGCCCUAGCGAUACAUCGAUCGCUAUAUGUUGCACGAUACCUCAUGGAGAGAUUGAUUCAACAAUCUCCAAAGUCAGGGGGUGAUCAUAAAUUGCCCCCAAGGGUAAUCAUUAUGUCGGAUUGCUUGGGCGCAAUCAACUAUAUUUAUUCAUGUCACCACUACGGAACCUUGGGACGUCCAGAACAACUCAGCAUAAAGCAUAGAGACAAGGAGCUGCCAGAUGGCUUUAUGUACAAAGCGUACCAGCCCAUUAGCAGGUUGACCAGCCUCGGCAUUAGUGUCGAGGUAAACUGGAUUCCGGGUCAUUCGGGACUCGAAGGCAAUAUGCGUGCCGACCGCCUGGCAAACAUCGGGGCAAAUUAUAUUUCCGGGAUUAUACAAGACAAUCCAAGUCUACAGGAGGGUCUGUUUCCUGUUCAAAUCCAAGCGCCCGGUAAGGAGCGCAAGGCAAUCCCCCAAGUCGACACAGGCAAUGCUGCGACCGACCUCGUCUACUGGCAAAAGCAAAAGACACAGGAAAUGGUCAAAAACAUGCUGGAAGCGCGCACAGGUAACCCUCCGAAAAAGGCCUGUAAGAAAAAGAGGAAAAGAAGUAGCGCCGCGGGUGAUGAUAGUAAUAUCAUGGACCCAGCACCGCCUACGAAGAAGGCUAAGCUUAGCACAGACGAUUCGACUGAAACGCAGGCCGGUACGAGUCAAGGAGGUGGUCCUACUGUGAGGGGUUUGAUAUGCUGGAAAUAA